UAUAUCGGUACGACAAUAACAAUCCCAGUCCAAAGUACACAGAGUACCGCGGUUAACUGGCUCAGCCGAAGGAAACACAAUAAGAUGGCUUCAACUGGACUGCUGGUCGUGUCCAACAUCAAACAAUUGGGCAAAUCCUUGCGCAGCAUUGAAAAAUACGUUCACUCGCUGUACAUACAUUUAAAUGUGCCAGCGUCAACGCCGCCGCCACCUGUUUGGGGUCGUCUUAUAUCACAGUUGUAUGCGGACAGCAGCAGCUACGUGGGCACUAAGGUGGAUCUGCGCGUGCUGGUGGCACCGCUCAAGGAGCAUCAGGCGGCCAGCGCUCUGCAGCUAUGCAAGCCCGUUGAUAUGAUAUUCUCGGACACACAUCAGCCAGAGCUCUGCGACAGGCUGCGCAGUGCGCUUAACAUAAGUCAGCCAACAAUUUUUCUGGGGGACUCCAACAGUACGGACGAACAGCUUCCAGAAGCAGAAGACCAGCCGGCCAGUCAUCAGAUGUACCCGACAGUGGUAUUGGGCGGCACCUUCGAUCGCAUCCAUAUUGGCCAUAAGAUAUUCCUCACACAGGCCGUGCUCCGCGCCUGCAAGCGUCUUGUGGUGGGCGUCACCACGGCCGCUAUGACUAAGGGCAAAAUAUUGCCGGAACUAAUAUUGCCCGUGGAGCAGCGUAUCGCUGAAUUGCGCGAAUUCCUUUUAGACAUUGAUAAUACCUUGCAAUAUGAUAUUGUUCCCAUCGACGAUCCAUUUGGGCCGACUCAGCAUGAUCCGGACAUGGACAUGAUUGUCGUGAGUGCUGAGACGCUGCGUGGCGGCCAAAAGGUCAACGAGAUAAGGGCCAGCAAGCAGUUGCGUCAGCUGGAUAUCUUCGCAAUUGAUAUCGUGGAGAGCAAUGUACACGAUGGCAUACACGAGUCAAAGGUCAGCUCCAGCAACACGCGCAUCGAUCUGCUGGGCACACGUUGGCGCCAGCCAGAGGCGCGUCCUCAGCUGCCCGUGCGUCCGUAUAUCAUUGGGCUGACAGGUGGCAUUGCCUCGGGGAAGAGCAAAAUGGCCGAGCGUCUGGGCGACAUGGGCGCCCAUGUCAUCGACUGUGAUAAGGUGGCGCAUGAUGUAUACGAGCCGGGUCAGACGUGCUAUGCGAAGAUCCUUAAGCACUUUGGCAACGAGAUACUUGCCGCUGAUGGGCGCAUCGAUCGCACCAAGCUGGGCCCGCGAGUCUUUGGUAAUGCGCAAGAGCUGCACACGCUGAACUCCAUCGUUUGGCCGGAGCUGAUGGUGGAGGUGAAUAGACGACUGGCUAACUUGCGUGCCGCUAACCAGGUGCCCAAGGUGGUGGUGCUGGAGGCAGCUGUGUUGCUUAAAGCAGGCUGGGAGCCCAACUGCCAUGAGGUGUGGUCCAUGAUCGUGCCGCCCGAGGAGGCGAUCAAGCGUGUCAUGGAACGCAACAACCUCAGCGAGGACGAGGCGCGCAAACGUCUCGCCAGUCAAGUUAGCAACGCUGAUAUUGUGGCCAAGUCCCAAGUGAUAUUCAGCUCGCAGUGGGACUUUGAUUUUACGCAGCGGCAGGCGGAGCGCGCUUGGCAAAUGCUCAACAAGGAGCUGGAUGGCCGAACGCACAGCAGCCUGUGAUGGGCGAUAUUAAUAAUUGCCAGCUUGAUUUGUUUUAUUUGUUAGUUGUCAUUGUUAAUGCAUUUCUAUAAGUUUUUUUUUUUGCUUAAUUUUAAGUCGAAAGUACAAGGAGCAAGCCUGGUUAAUAAGAUGGGGAAAACACUAGAACUUCAAUUUAAUAUUCAAGCUAACCGAUUUAGUGGCUUUCGCCCUUUUUGCCAGAGACACGCUUAAAGUCCGUCAUCUUGGUUGUUAUAAUGGGCGAGCCUAUAAAGCCAAUAUAAUCGAUUUGGGUUAUGUCGCCACCCGAUUGAUUGUUCUUCACAAAGAUCUGUAUGUUUUGCACAUUCUGGAAUUUCACAUAGCGCAGAUUGACGGGGUUGCCGUUCUCCAGCUCCUUCUCGCCCAGGCUGCAAGUCACCAAAUACAAGGUUAACAUUUCCAAUUAGCUGAAUUUUGGCAAAACUCACGUCAGAUCCUGCACGCUGCUCAUGGAUUCCGCCAUGUCAAAGUCAAUGGUUCGCGGCUGAUUGAUGAACAGCUUGACUUCCUUGGGUCCCAGUUGUGGGGGUGCCUUGAACUUCAGCGAGUGUAUCUUGACGGCCUGAUUAAAGGUUAUGGACAAAAUGAGCUGUUCAUCGCAGUCGGACUGCAGAAAGCCACCAGCCGACGCCAGAGCAUGCUUUAGAUUGUGAUCGUCCGAUUCAUUCAAGCACUCGCACUCCUGCUUCGAGAUGAACGUAUUGAGCUCCAUCUGUGUGGGUGGGUGUGUGUGUGUGAGUCAUGUUGUGAAAAACAUUUGGAAUGAAUGAAUGUGAAGCUCUUACCAAUCCCUGGCCAUAGUCUUCGCCGGCCUCCUCGGCGACGCCCGUGCCAAUAUGCUCCUCUAUUUUGGCUUCCAAACCCAUUAUAUUGGCGCCUUGAAUACGGUCGAUUUUGGUCCUGUUGCGAUAGAAUAUGAAAGUUGGCAUAGCAGAGACACCCUGGCCGGCGGCUGUGUCCUGACAUUUGUCCACGUCCACUUUCAGGAAUAUGGCUUUGGGAUAUUUACUGGGAAACGUGUCAAACACGGGCGCAAUCCUUUGACAGGGUCCGCACCAUGUUGCUGUAAAGUCCACAACAACCAGGCGCACUCCUGCCUGAGCUAACUCCGCUUGGAAAUGUGAUUCGUCGUUAAUAACACGUACUGCCAUGUUUACUUUCUCAAAAAUUGAAUAAAAUGCAAAAUGACUGGCAGCUUUUACAAAAAGAAAAGCGAGUUACUCGAUUUUCGCUCGAAGAUUCUUCUCUCUAUCGAAACCUAUCGAUAAACUGCGAAUUGCAAACGCUCCAGCUCUAAAUAUGGCGUCUGAAUAGAAGCAAGAAGAAGAGUGCUGAUAAAAAUUCUUUGCGGUCGCCGCAAAAAGUGAUGAAUUAAUUGUUAAAAGUUAUGAUUAUUUAAGCCUUAGCCUACAAAAUAGCUAGUUUGUAAAAAGAAAAAAUACCAAGCAAAAUGGAUGUUCAACCCCCAAGAG